AUGAUUGGAUUGCAUAGUGCAGCAUUAGGAACAAUCUCAACUGCCGUGGGGUUAUGGAGGUAUAGUAAAUAUUUGAUUGAGAUUAUUACUCUUGGUCUCUUUUGGGAGUUAUGUUUGGACUUAUAUCUUUGCAAACAAUAUCAACUCUUUUAAAAAUAAUGGAAGAAUAUAAUUUAUAUGAUCUUAAACAAUUUAAGCAUAAUGAGAGCAUCAAUAAAUUAUGGAAUAAAAAUAAUAGAAUAAAUAAACAGAAUAUAUGUGAUUAUAAAAUCUGAGUUAUAGAAAACAAUUAAGUAAUAUCUUAAUGAAUACUGGCAUCAAUAAGGACUUAGUGAUUAAGAGCAGGAAAUGUUGAUUCCAGAAUUAAAAUAAGAACUAAUGUAUUAGUCUUAGAGGUAGUUUUUUGUAAACUACUUUUUCUCAAUGCAUGUUUCAAAGCCUUUCUUAAAAGAUCUAUGA